AUGCCAAGGAGUGCCGUGAGACCUGCUUCGGCACCAACAAUGAGGCCUGGUCUCCGUGCGCCCCUCACGGUGCUGGCGCGGCCGGUGCGAUCCACCUCAGCCGUCCGGGGGCCGGCGACGGUCGCACGGCCGAUGCCGCUCAGCACGGUGCGGCCGAUCAAUGUGACUCGGUGGAAUUUUGAGGAUAUUGUUUCUACUAGCUUCUUGUUCCUAGUAGUCAGGCCCUUGUUCCUAGUAGCGAUGCCCUUUGCUCCUAGUAGCGUCCUUUGCUUUCUGAUGUUGGUAUCGCGUGUGGCGAAGAAGAGGCUUUUGGAAGACUGGGAGGACCGUCCUGUAGAAGCAUAG